UUGCAGUAUUGGGGCAUUAGGAUUUAGCGUAUCUCAUUCUAUCCAUCUCCGCCAGAAAUUGUGUCGUGCUGUUUAUAAUACUGCUCAUGUGGAAAGCUCAAUAAUGGCUGAUUGGUCCAAACUUCCUUAUGAUAUCAUUCACAAGGUGGCUGGACGGUUAUCGGUGAUUCAAGAUUUCCUUGCAUUUUCUGCUGUUUGUUGCUCGUGGCGAUUGGUUUAUUUGGCUAAGGAAUGGAAUCCAGGUCCUCAGGUUCCGUUAUUAAUGUUCUCCAACACCGAAAACAGUAGCAUUGUGAGUUUCUUAAGCUUGUAUACGAAUAAGGUUUCUAACUCAGAGCUGCCUGAAGCUUGUGGUAGGCGGUGCUGGGGUUCAUCUUCAGGGUGGCUUGUAACUACAGGAAAUGACCUUGAAAUCCGGCUUCUAAAUCCCUCUACUCAUAUCUCUUAUAAACUCCCUCCUAAGUCUUCGCUACAAAUCAGUUUUGGUGAUUUUCUGAGUUGGUAUGAUAUCAUAGAGAGAGCCUUCGUCUUUAGGAAUCCAUCCACUUCAGAUGCUGAUGACGACUUGGUGGUUAUGAUAAUUUACGGCACUUUGAAGCAGUUGGCAUUUUGUAGACCCGGCUACAGUUCUUGGAGAUGUGUCAAAGAUAAAACUCAUUCCGAGUUUAUAGAUGUUACGUGUGUGAAAGAUCAAAUCUUUGCUCUCUCCUUUAUGGGAUCCCUCGUCCUUGUUGAUAUUGAUAACAUAGCUGUUUCUGCUAUAAGUGGGCAAGACCCUCCAAGGAAUGUUGCCUUGUCACUUCUUAUUGGGGGCUCGGAGCGAAUAUCCUUGGUCGAAUCAUCUGGAGAUCUCUGGAUGGUUUACCAAAAUCGUGGGGGUAAUCCGUGGAGGUCUUACGUAGAGUCAACAGUGUUUCUGGUCUACAAGUUCGAUUUUGACAACAAACAGUGGGUCAGGUUGAGCAGCUUGGGAAGUCGCACGAUUUUUGUUGGCGAUAAUACCUGUAUUGCUGUAUGUACAGCCCGCUACUUGAACUGCCAAAGUAACAGCGUGUAUUUUGUAGCAUCGAAGAAGGAUAAAGGGUGGCCGAAGAGGGUGACUCGUGUCAAUGUGGGUGUGUAUAGCUUGAGGAGUGGUUAUUCAGGACCCCUCUGCAUAGGCACUGAUACACAGAAGCACUUUUCUUUCCCGAUUUGGGUGAUGCCUACCUUGCGCUAGAGCGAGCUUGAUAUCUUUCGUCGUGUUCGAUCAAAAGAUGAUACAAGCUUUGAAGGUGGUAGAUUUUGUGUAAGCAUGAUGAAGCUGAAUCCUGAGAGAUGAUGGAUUUGAUUCUGUGAAAUAAGUGUGAUCAAUUCAAGAUUUAAGAAUUGAAACGCUAUUUCGUUUUGAAAGUGUUGGUCAUAAGCAACUGCAGCAUGCCGAAUCACCGGAGUUUGUUUAAAUUCUUGAAACGGAUCAAUCCAGCAUGCCCUGUUUGUUUGUAAAGAUUCUGAUUCCCUUAUUUUUUAAAUCUAACAUUUGUUUAAAAAAUAAGGGGAAAGUAAUCUAAUUCCUAAAAUUAGUAGAAAUUUUGGGAUUAUGAUAUAUCAACCCAAAGCUGCUGUUAUUCUUUUUCCCAGACACAGGAUUUUAAAAUAUACUGUACCAUAAAAAUACGAUUUAUCUCCUCCAUAUCACGCUUCUACCAAUUAUUUUUUCCCGGUUUCUAUUCUC